AAAAAAAAAAAAAAAAGCCCAAGAACAGAGGCAAUUUAGAUUUUUUUCAUACUUGAGGCCAGUAAACGAACCAUUACCAAUGCACAAUCCUUCCAUGUCUUCUUGGUCUCCCUACGCAUCCACAAGCAGUAGCUCGAUACAGGGCAUCCCCAUAGCGGCUCGUCCUCUUCCCCCACCGGCUCCCACAGAAAAGAAUAAACGAACGAGAAUUACCCGUGCAUGUGAUAUAUGUCGACGCAAAAAAAUCAAAUGUGAUGUCAAAGACUCUCAACCUUGUUCUACGUGCCGGCAAUACGGUUGGGAAUGCACCUUCAACGAUACUGCUAAAAAGCGCGGACCUCCCAAAGGAUACAUUGAGAGUUUAGAGACGCGAUUGAAAAAGAUGGAGCAACUUGUGGAACAAAUGCAUUCCAAUAAUGGAUCACCGGGAACUUCAGAAUCACCGCAUAAACGUCAACGAUCCAUGUCGUCUAGUCCCGAAGCCGCACCUUACAUGCUGCCAUCGGCUUCUUCAUCGUCUUCAGCAACCCAUUCACCGCAACCACCGGUGGCAGGACAAACAAAAGACAAAAUCAUUCGAUAUCACGGAAGCUCGUCUGGCUUCUAUAUCGUAGGUGACAUUCUGAACUCCAAAGAAGGCGAACCUUCCAAUGGCCCCGAACGCCAGUCUCCCACGUCAGGAACCCAUGAAACCGCAGUGGGGGAAUCUCAACAAUCCGUUCCGGCUGAAAAGGAUGGCGAAAAUUCCAAACUGUUCACAAUACCAUCAAAUCAGGGCACCUACCGUCUUCGACGCAUGAAUGUCUAUGAUGAUGAUCUAAUGGUAGUACGAGACACCACCGAUGCAGAACACGCCUCCCAGUUGGCCUCCAAUGAGCAAGAAACCAUCAACUAUGUCAUACCCCGCCGCGUACUGGAAGCACUAGUCUAUAUGUAUUUUCGCAUGCCUCAUCCCACAUUACCUGUUGUUGAUAAAGACGAGUAUUUGGACGCUUUUGAAGGUCGAACGUCGCCUGCUCCAUCACCAUUGUUAACCUAUGCCAUUGCCGUGUAUGCAUGCUUUCUCUUAAAUUCCGACAACCCCAUUUUUGUCCAAGCCAAUGUGGAACGCGAUUCCAUUUUGCGUGCAUUAUUAGAACGGACCAGUGAAUUGGUACGCCGAGAAUAUCUGGUGCCGCGGAUUUCCAAUAUUCGAGCCUUGGUCCUCCUGUGUGCCCAACCAACCUCCUCCACCACCGGCUACCGUAACUGGAUUCUAGCUGGCAUGGCCGUCCGCAUGGCUCAAGAUCUUGGAUUGCAUCGUUCGUUGACGACGUGUCAGGUAUCGGAACAACUGAUUGAAUCACGAAAACGGCUGUGGUACAGUGUGUACUUGACCGAUCGUUGGUGUUGUGCGGUGAUGGGACGACCGUUGGCCAUUGCGGAUUCCGAUUGCGAUAUUGAUCUCCCCAUGAUUCAUGGAGCCAACAAUGAUGCGGAUUACACCGUGUUUGUUAAUUUCACCAAGCUGUCAGGAAUUCUUGGAGAAGUGCUUCGACGAAUCUAUUCACCCAAAGCGAAAAUCAACGGAUACAAGACCGUGGCCAUGGAACAAACAGUGUGGAGUCUGGAACGUAUGCUGACGGAGUGGUUCCUUCAAAUUCCUGAAAAUUAUCGUAUUUCGCCCGAAGAUCUCGAGUUGAUUCGACGACAGCCGGAGAAAUAUCAGGAUACUGUCAAGCUGCGAGAAGGAGGUCCGUUGACAGUGUGCUAUUACGCUGUGAUUGUAUUACUUUUACGACCCUUCAUUGCCCUGGAGGGUGAAGACAGCAAGUCAGAACUGUGUAUUCAGUCUGUUCGCAAAUGCAUGAACGCCGCCAAAGCCUCCAUUGACGUUGCACGCGUCGUUCCCACUGUCAAUAUCUGUCGAUUUGGAUGGAAUUUUGCAGCUUACUCUGUGUUCCAGGCUGCACUGAUUCAUGUGUAUAAUUGCACAAGUUCGGAUCCUGAAGUGGCGACGAUGGCGCGUGAAUAUGUGCGACUGAGCAUGGAUGAGUGCAUGAUUCCGCUGUGUGAGGAUGUUCCUUACAGUCCGCCUAUUGUUGCGUUCAUGCAGACCUUGUUCAAUUUACUGCGUGCCGAUCCCGCUUCAGGCAAAUCGUCGGCGGAACAUGAAAAAAAAUCAGACAACACCACGAUGCCCCCACCCCGACCGACGUCGUCGCAGACUUCGAAUUUCUCCUCUUCCCCGUCCUCUUCCGGGAUCAGCCAACCCCCUUCCCAUUAUGAAAACGCUUCGCCCAUGAGUAUGCAUCAGCUUGUUUCUGGUCUGGAUGGGCCAAAACAGGAACCUUCAGCGACCAUGAAACCCAACCCCACCACCGCGCCACCCGCUCAGCCUGCUCAAGGCACGGCUACGCCUUCAUGGCUUUCAACCGGCGAUCCUUUGCCAGCAUCGGCGGCGGUAACACAAGCAACCUGGCAACAGCUGUUCUCUUCUGCAGGAACGCCUUUUACGGAAAACGCCAACGGUUUUGAUUUACAAGUUUUCAUCCGUUUUCUUUUUCUUCCCCUUUCAAUGAGCGAACAAAACUAUUAUUACAAUCAUGGCUAUCCGCCCCCGCCUCCACCUCAAAACUACGUCUAUCAACGCAAUGGCGCGCACGGUUAUGAAGACCCGGCGUCAGAUUAUUACGAUCCAAUGUUUACGCAGGAAGACAUGCAGAAUCCCAAUCCAAAUUACCCACAACCUCCGUUGUCGGCUCAUAAUCCCGCUCCAUAUCCAGUUCCAUAUGGCGAGGGACAAACUGACGCUUCAAACAGCCAAUUCUUCUUGCACGUCCACCCGGCUCUGAAGGAUAAACCGCCACCAGACUUCCGCUUGUCAAACUGUCAAGGAAAGAAGCGUGCAUUGCUGAUUGGAAUUAAUUACUUCGGCACUUCAAAUGAACUGAAUGGUUGUAUCAAUGACGUUCACAAUGUAAAAGAGUUUUUGACCACCCUGUAUGGGUUUGACGAGGCGGAUAUGGUGAUUCUAACCGAUGAUCAAACGGACCCGAAAUUUAUUCCCACUCGCGCCAAUAUUGUGGCAGGAAUGCAAUGGCUGGUGCAUGACUGCCAACCCAAUGAUUCAUUUUUCUUUCACUACAGUGGUCACGGUGGCCGAGUUCAUGAUACCAGUGGGGAUGAAGACGAUGGAUUUGACGAAACCAUUUAUCCUGUUGAUUUUACGGAUUACGAAGGGGAUUCAGGACAGCUGAUCGAUGAUGAUAUGCAUGAUCUGUUGGUCAAACCCCUCUGCCAAGGCUGUCGAUUGACGGCCAUUUUUGAUAGUUGUCAUUCAGGCACGGCCCUUGAUUUGCCCUAUGUAUAUUCUACGCAAGGUGUCAUCAAAGAAAAGAACCUGUUCAAGGAUGCUGGGGUUGGCUUACUAUCCGCUGGUUUUGCGUACGUGACGGGCGAUAAGCAAGGCGCUUUAUCAUCCAUCAUGUCCCUUGGUAAACAAUUGAUGAGUGCUCGCGAUGUAGCCGAAGAAAACAGGGAAAAGAACAGUUCGCCGGCCGAUGUGAUUAUGUUUUCAGGAUGCAAGGACGACCAGACUUCGGCCGAUGCUCAGGAAGCAGGCAAGGCGACAGGGGCCAUGAGUCACGCUUUCACAAGUAAGUCUUUUUGCUUGCGGGGUAGCGCGAUACUGUGGGUGAGCUCAGAAAUAAUUUUAUCCUUUUUAGCGGCUCUGCGAGAAAAUCCACAUCAAUCAUACCAGCAAUUGCUGAAUACCAUUCGCGAUAUCUUGCGCGACAAAUACUCUCAACGACCUCAACUGAGCUCAUCUCAUCCUAUUGACGUGGACCUCCAAUUCGUUUGCUAA